CAGCCCACCCCGCCCCCGCCCGGCCGCCGCCGGUCCAGCUCGGAGGGGGAUGGGGAGAGCGGAGAGGCCGGCGGACAGCGAGGCAGACGGCGCGGAGGCGGAGGCGGCACCCGCGGCACCGUCUCCCGCUUCCCUGCUCGGCGCAGCGGGCCGGCCGGCCGGCCGGGCCGGGAAUCUCCUGCGAACCGGGGAGGAGCUGCCGCCGCCAGGCCGGCUGAGCGUCCGGGGAGCGUGGAAGGGGGCGGGGAACGCGGGGAGCCGGGGCCGAUCCCGGCCCUUAAAGCGGCCCCCCCGCGCCCCGCGCGCCGGCAGCCUCACUACAGAGCCGCGGCCGCAGCAGUUCAAGCUCUAUAUCUGUAACAUCCAAAGUGCCAUCUCCUGAUUGGACCGUUUUCAGGAACUCGCAUCAGUUUUCAUAACAGCUUAAAAGCAAGGGGAGAGGUGAAGCAUAGAGAGCUGCAGAUCAGACCCUCCUGAACCCCCCGGAGCAAGUGAGACCCCUGGAGAAUGCUGGCUUCCAGGCAGCUGAAGGGGUCCUUCCUCUGAGGUGGGUAGGCCGGUGUCCGUGGGACAGCUUCCUCGCUCCUGGGCCCACCAUGGCCUCCACUCUCUGGCUGGACGGCUGAUGUGACCGGUGCCCCAAGCGUGCACACUGCUGGAGUGGGUGCCGUCCCAGCUACCACCUGCUCUCAGAGGCUGGGAGCAGGGCAGGUUGGUGUCCGAUGCUACCAGAAACCAGACAGGCAGAGCGAUGGCCUCCUGCAAGCUGAGAUGGAGGUGACCUGAGGCCUCCUGGAUGUUCCUGGUGACGGGACAGCUGACAAGUUGGAACACAGGCCUGCCGGGGAGCAGUAUGCAGGAAGCUGGCUUUCAGGCCACAAAUGCUUUCACAGAGUGCAAAUUCACCUGCACCAGCGGGCAAUGCUUGUAUCUUGGUUCACUGGUCUGUAACCAACAGAACGACUGUGGGGACAACAGUGAUGAAGAAAACUGUCUCCUGGUGACUGAACAUCCACCUCCGGGCAUCUUCAGCUCGGAGCUGGAGUUCGCCCAGGUGGUCGUCGUGGUGGUGGUGGUCACGGUGAUGGUCGUGGUUGUCGUCUGCCUGCUGAACCACUACAGAGUCUCCACCCGGUCCUUUAUCCACCACUCGGGGCAGGGCCGGAGGCAGGACCGGCCGCAGCCGGAAGGGCGCCUGUGGCCUUCAGACAGAUCUGGACCUCGGCCCACCUCAGAGAUCAUGUACGCACCGCGGUCCAGGAACGGGGGGACUGCCCCAACCUUUCUCCAGAGGGAUCGGUUCAGCCGCUUCCAGCCCACCUACCCCUAUGUACAGCACGAGAUCGACCUUCCCCCCACCAUCUCCCUGUCGGACGGGGAGGAGCCGCCUCCUUACCAGGGGCCCUGCACCCUGCAGCUCCGGGACCCUGAACAGCAGAUGGAACUCAACCGAGAGUCUGUGAGGGCCCCACCCAACCGAACCAUAUUUGACAGCGAUUUGAUAGACGUGUCCGUCUACAGCAGGGGCCCACGCCCACCCAGCAGCAAUUCAGGCAUAAGUGCCAGCACCUGCAGCAGUAACAGGAGGAUGGAGGGGCCACCCCCGGCCUACAGCGAGGUGAUGGGCCACUGCCUGGGUGCCACUCUCUUCCACCCCCAGCACAGCACGCACAGGGGGAGCAGACUGCCACUCCAGCGGGACGGCCUGGGGGGCACCGAGCUGCCCGUCCAGGGCAAGGACAGGAAGCCCGGGAACCUCAUCUGACCUGCGUGCAUACCUGACUUAAGAAAGGAGGAGGGAGGCAGUGGCACUGCCCCUCCGUCCCCAGCACAAGUUCAGUAAAACAGUGAUUCCUUCCACAGGGGCUGCACGCAGGCUGAAAUAGUACAAACCUCCUCCAGUCUGGCUGCAAACGGUGUUCAUCUGGGGCAGUGAUUGAUAGGAAAGGGCAGGUUUUGGCAAAGGGUGGGCAUGAGAACACAGAGGGGUGCUUUGAAGACAUUAUGAAAUAAAACCCACAGAGGCAUCUGACUUGACUAUGAAAGCAGACGCAGCAGGGGAAGAGGCCAGAAUGGCCUGUUUUACAAUUAACUGAAUACAGAGGAAAACGUUAUUAUACAUUAUGGGGAAGAAUCGCCAGUUUGCUUCCCACCCCCAAACUGUGGAACUUUUGUUUUAAAAAUAUGAUUCUAAAUUCCUGUUUUGUGUGCCAAGGUAUAAAGUGGAGAAGUCAGAUGAAUGCAAGGGGUUAAUCAGUGUUGUGAUGCUGUGUUUUAAAAGUUGCACUACAUGUUUAAGAUAAUGAGGAAGCUUUACUCAAAGUUCUGUAUGUUGUCUUUUCACCUGUGGAUUAUAAUUAGGCCCCAUAAUCAUCUCCCCCAUAAUCAUGCAGGAAAGGGUGUUAGGGGAGGUAGCCUAACGUACACCACUUACUUACAUUCACCAAGAAAGUCACCACACAGCAGUGAAUGCGUCACUGAGGCACCUGGAGACUCUGGAUGGAGCAGAGGAAACUCCUGCAUCCCUGGUGUGUUGAGUCCCUCCAGCCUCAGGCUGCGUGUUUUACACCUGCAUUUACACACCACGCAGUGCUGCCCUGGCCCUCCAGCAGUGCAGUUUCUGUGGUAAUUUAGAUUUUUUUCACUGUAGCAUGAAAUAUACUCAGAUAAUACACUAUUUUAUGCAAUAAAUUGUUUAAAGUGCAA